AUGGGAGGGUCAGUAAGCACUGAAAUUCCUGGAGGGGGAACAGAGGGCUAUCAUGUUUUACGGGUACAAGAUGGUUCUCCUGGUCAUUUGGCUGGACUUGAGGCUUUCUUUGACUUUAUUAUCGCCAUUGGUAACACAAGAUUGAGCCAGGAUAAUGAUAUAUUAAAAGAGUUAUUAAAAGCUAAUAUAGAGAAACCUGUUAAAAUGGCAGUGUAUAGCAGUAAAACACAGAAUGUCAGAGAGGUCACUAUUACACCUAGUCAUAACUGGGGUGGGCAAGGUCUACUUGGUGUCAGUAUAAGAUUCUGUUCAUUUGAAGGUGCUAAUGAAAAUGUCUGGCAUAUUUUGGAAAUAGAACCCAACUCCCCUGCAGAUUUAGCCGGAUUAAAAUCAAAUACAGAUUAUGUUAUAGGUGCUGAUUCUGUACUACAUGAGUCUGAAGAUUUAUUUACGUUGAUUGAAUCUCAUGAAGGGAAACCGUUAAAACUGUAUGUAUAUAAUAGUGGUACUGAUAGCUGUAGAGAAAUAACUAUAACCCCUAAUGGAGCCUGGGGUGGACAGGGCAGUCUGGGCUGUGAUAUAGGCUAUGGUUAUUUACACAGAAUUCCAAAACGCCAGUUUCCUACGAGUUUACCAGAAACUAAAGUUAACUUGGCUCAAUCUCAAUCACCAGCUAAAGUCCAGGAUGGUUUCUCAGAGGUCUGUAAUAAUAUACUUCUAUAA